AUUUACAUGUCUGCCACCGCUUCCCGAUUUCCUUUCCUCUCUCUCACUCCACCUUCAAUCUUUCUCUUUCCUCCCUUUCCCUUUCCCUUUCCCUUUCCCUCGUCGAAUCAUCAAUCUCCUUCGUCGCGAAGGACCAGAGAUACAAAUCCAUAAUAAAUGGACGCCGACGAAGAUUUCUACAGCGGCAGCGACUUCGCUGACAACGAUUCUGAUUACGCCGACAGCGACAGCGUCGAUGUUGCCGACUACGAGUUCAUCGAGAAUGACGCUGAUGAUUCCGAUGAUCUCAUCUUCCGUCGCCACCAGCAAAAUUAUACAAUUCUAAGUGAGGCUGAUAUUCGUCAGCGUCAGGAAGAUGAUAUCUCAAAGAUUGCAACUGUAUUAUCAAUUUCAAGAAUUUCAUCUGUCAUCCUUCUUCGCCACUAUAACUGGUGUGUCAGCAAAGUUCAUGAUGAAUGGUUUGCAGAUGAGGAAAAAGUCCGAGAAGCUGUUGGCUUAUCGGAAAAACUAAUUGUUGAUUUCCCAGUUGCUGGAGAACGUACAUGUGGGAUUUGUUUUGAGGAUUUCCUUUGUGACAAAUUGCAUGCUGCUGCCUGUGGCCAUCCAUUCUGUGAUACAUGCUGGGAAGGUUAUAUCAGCACCGCGAUUAAUGAUGGUCCUGGGUGUCUUACGUUACGUUGUCCGGAUCCAUCCUGUGGAGCUGCUAUUGGUCAAGAUAUGAUCAAUGCCUUAGUUUCUGAUGAAGAUAAGAAGAAGUAUAACCGUUAUUUUAUCAGAUCGUAUGUUGAAGAUAGCAGAAAGACCAAGUGGUGUCCAGCACCAGGCUGUGAUUAUGCAGUAAAUUAUGUUGUUGGUAGUGGUAACUAUGAUGUCAACUGUCACUGUUCUUAUAGCUUCUGCUGGAAUUGUGCUGAAGAAGCCCAUCGUCCUGUAGACUGUGACACUGUUGCUAAGUGGGUAUUGAAGAAUAGUGCUGAGUCUGAGAAUAUGAAUUGGAUUUUGGCGAAUUCCAAGCCUUGUCCGAAAUGUAAAAGGCCAAUAGAGAAAAACCAAGGCUGUAUGCAUAUCACAUGCACACCACCAUGUAAAUUUGAGUUUUGCUGGCUCUGCCUAGGUGCAUGGUCAGAGCAUGGUGAGAAGACAGGUGGCUUUUAUGCCUGUAAUCGCUAUGAAGCAGCAAAGCAAGAGGGAAUUUAUGAUGAAACUGAAAGACGCCGAGAGAUGGCAAAGAACUCUCUUGAGAGAUACACCCACUACUAUGAAAGAUGGGCGACCAAUCAAUCGUCUAGGCAAAAGGCGUUGGCAGAUCUAAAGCAGAUGCAGACAGUGCAUAUUGAGAAGCUGAGUGACAUACAAUGUCAGCCUGAAUCACAAUUGAAGUUCAUUAUAGAGGCGUGGUUACAGAUAGUGGAGUGCAGACGAGUACUGAAAUGGACAUAUGCCUAUGGUUUUUACUUACCUGAGCACGAGCACGCAAAGAGACAGUUUUUUGAGUACUUACAAGGCGAAGCUGAGGCUGGCCUUGAAAGACUUCAUCAAUGCGCUGAAAAAGAAAUUCAAAACUUCUUUAAACCCGAUGGUCCGUCAGAAGAUUUUAACGAGUUUCGCACAAAACUAGCUGGGCUGACAAGUGUCACUAGAAACUAUUUCGAGAACUUGGUCCGGGCUCUCGAGAACGGUCUAUCGGACGUGGGUUCUCACAGUGCGUGUGAUCGGACAACGAGCUUGGGCAGCCGAAGCGGGAAGAACAAGGGACCCAGUUCUUCAAGAGCGAGCAGCUCGAGUACCAGAACCAACUAUGACUCAACCCAUUGGUCAUGUGAACACUGCACUUUUGCAAAUCCGAGGUCUGUCAACAUUUGCCAAAUGUGUGAACGUCGACGAUGAAGUUCCUAACACCAAACCCUAUCCAUCCUCACCCGCAAGGACUUGCCCUAAACCCGAGAGAGACACGAAGCAGAUACAAGAGAGAGAGACCGACCUCGAUGUUCAGCCAUAUGGCAAGUACGUCUCCCGAUCCCCUUUUGGGUAGAGUUUGUGGCCCUUCACAGUGAGUGUGAAUGGGUUUCUUUAGUUAUCUAUGAGCAAAUAUAAUAGGGUACCGUACACCGCAGAAGCCAUGGAGGAACUAAAAGACAGUAAUGUUAAAAACAAAACAAAAAAAGGCAGAAGAAGAGAUAAAGAGUCUGUUUUAUGA